AUGCAUUCAGCUGUCCUCGCCACUGCCACCUUCUUCCUACUGAGCUGGACUCACUGCUGGUCCCUACCCCUUCCCAAUGGUGAUGAUGAUGACGAUGACUUGUCUGAGGAAGACCUCGAGUUUGCAGAGCACUACCUGAAAUCAUACUAUCACCCUGCAACUCUUGCGGGGAUCCUGAAGAAGUCAGCCGUGACCACCACAGUUGAUAGGCUCCGAGAAAUGCAGUCUUUUUUUGGCCUCGAGGUGACUGGCAAACUUGAUGAUCCCACCUUAGACAUCAUGAGAAAGCCGAGAUGCGGAGUCCCUGAUGUGGGAGAAUACAACGUUUUCCCUCGAACACUCAAAUGGUCCCAAACGAACUUAACUUACAGAAUUGUGAACUACACCCCAGACAUGUCCCAUUCUGAAGUGGAGAAGGCCUUCAAGAAAGCCUUCAAGGUCUGGUCAGAUGUGACACCUCUGAAUUUCACCAGAAUCCACGAUGGUACUGCUGAUAUCAUGAUAUCUUUUGGAACCAAAGAGCAUGGUGACUUCUACCCGUUUGAUGGACCUUCUGGCCUUCUGGCACAUGCUUUUCCUCCCGGACCAAACUACGGAGGGGAUGCCCAUUUUGAUGAUGAUGAGACCUGGACAAGCAGUUCCAAAGGCUACAACUUGUUUAUUGUUGCUGCCCAUGAGCUUGGCCACUCCCUAGGUCUGGACCACUCCAAGGACCCGGGAGCCCUGAUGUUUCCCAUCUACACCUACACUAGCAAAAGCCAUUUCGUGCUUCCUGAGGAUGAUGUUCAAGGAAUCCAGUUUCUCUACGGUCCGGGAGAAGAUGACCCCAACCCUAAACAUCCCAAAACACCAGAGAAGUGUGACCCAACCUUAUCCCUGGAUGCCAUUACCAGUCUCCGAGGAGAAACUAUGAUCUUUAAAGACAGAUUCUUCUGGCGUCUGCACCCUCAGCAGGUGGAACCUGAGCUGUUUCUAACAAAAUCCUUUUGGCCAGAACUUCCCAACCGUGUGGAUGCUGCGUAUGAACAUCCAUCCCGGGACCGUAUGUUCAUCUUUAGAGGUAGAAAAUUCUGGGCUCUCAAUGGUUAUGACAUUUUGGAAGGCUAUCCUAAAAAAAUAUCUGAUCUGGGAUUUCCAAAAGAGGUGAAGAGGAUUAGUGCUGCUGUUCACUUUGAGGACACAGGAAAGACGCUCUUCUUCUCGGGGAACCAGGUGUGGAGAUAUGAUGAUGCUACCCAGACUAUGGACAAAGACUCUCCCCAAUUCAUAGAAGAGGAAUUCCCCGGAAUUGGAGAUAAAGUAGACGCUGUCUAUGAGAAAAACGGCUACCUCUACUUUUUCAAUGGGCCCAUACAGUUUGAAUACAGUAUCUGGAGCAACCGAAUUGUGCGAGUCAUGCCAACAAAUUCCUUACUGUGGUGUUAAGCAUCUUUUCAAAAUUGUUAUUUAAGUGCUAGAGAGCAUUUGGGGUAACAUUUUCAGAUGGGUGGGGUGGUGGGGCGACACCAGGGGGAGCUUAGUUCUGUGAACAAGCUUCAGGAGCUUAUCUUUGAGCGUACAGCAUCUAUCUAUGUGGCUGGAACCACACUGAAGAAUUUUAAAAUAAUGAAAUUGAGAACCCCAAGGGUCACCUGAUUCUUGGGUGCUAUGAAGAAACAAGAUUAGUAUUUCCCACAGCAAACAUGGGAUCCAUCUGUUGAUGAGAGUGAGCAUAAUUAUUAAUAUAUUUAUUAAAAAGCCUAAAAGGUAUGAAAUAAAUCAUAUUUAUAUAACUAUGAAUCGUCUCUACAAAAAGUAUGAACUUACAAACAUGGAAAUUUGGGGGAGUGUAUGGUGGCCAUAGAUGAACAUACAUAAGUGGAAACACAUGUAAAAUACAUACU